AUGAGCAAUAAUGGAACAGACCUCACCACUGGUUUCAUCUCCUCUAUUGUAGCCAUCCUUUUGUUUGGCUCAAACUUUGUACCACUUAAAAAAUAUGAGACUGGCGAUGGAAUGUUUCUCCAGUGGGUACUUUGUGCUGCCAUAUGGUUGGUUGCCUUGGUGGUCAAUGUGAUAUUACAUUGCCCUAAGUUUUGGCCUUUUGCAAUGGUUGGGGGCUGCAUUUGGGCAACAGGAAACAUUGCGGUUGUCCCAAUUAUCAAAACCAUUGGUUUGGGCCUUGGAAUCUUAAUCUGGGGAUCAUUUAAUGCCUUAAUCGGCUGGGCAAGCUCAAGGUUUGGCUGGUUUGGAAUGGAUGCAGAAGAGGUGUCAAAACCACUGCUCAAUUACAUCGGAGCCGGGCUGUCAGUAGUAAGUGCUUUCAUAUUUUUGUUCAUCAAAAGCAAAAUACCAAAUAACACAUAUUCAGUGGACACCACACCAUUAAUAACAGAGCAUGUGGUUAACAAAACUCAAGACCCCGAUCCUGAACAUUCCUGGGUGGAUAAACUUUCUACAGUGCAAAACCGCUUAGUGGGCUGCAGUCUCGCGGUAAUAUCUGGAAUACUCUAUGGAUCCACAUUUGUGCCAAUCAUUUACAUCAAGGACCACAGCAAGAGAAAUGAUAGUAUAUAUGCAGGGGCAAGUCAGAACGAUUUAGACUACGUUUUUGCACACUUCAGUGGCAUCUUCCUUGCAAGUACAGUCUACUUUCUGGCCUACUGUAUAGCCAUGAAAAAUAAUCCUAAACUAUAUCCCAAAGCAGUCUUGCCAGGAUUCCUGUCUGGAAUACUCUGGGCCAUUGCUACCUGCUGUUGGUUCAUAGCGAACCACUCCCUCAGCGCUGUGGUCAGUUUUCCAAUCAUCACUGCUGGUCCCGGAUUUAUAGCUGCAAUGUGGGGUGUCUUCAUGUUUAAGGAAAUACAGGGUCGACAGAACUACCUGCUGAUGAUACUUGCAUUUUGCAUCAUCUUGGCUGGAGCCUUAUGCACGGCUUUUUCUAAAAUCUAA